AUGCAGAUCUUUGUGAAAACGCUUACCGGGAAAACAGUGACCCUAGAUGUGGAGGCAUCUGACACCAUAGACAACGUGAAGUCGAAGGUACAGGACAAAGAGGGCGUACCCCCAGUCCAACAACGAUUGAUUUUUGCUGGCACGCAGUUGGAGGACGGCAGAACUCUAUCUGAUUACAAGAUCAAGAAGGAGUCAACUCUUCACCUGGUUUUACGCCUGCGUGGCAUGAUCAGUGUUUUCAGGCCUGGGGCACAAGAUGAUCCUUUAUCUGCUUUCCUAAUGCUUUCGGACGAAGAUCGGGCAACAGCAGGAGUACCGCUGGCAGAGCUGCGCAAGAAGUGUCAGGAAGAAAAUGCUUCGGCAUUCCACACCUUUUCUUUCAAGGAAGACGCCCGGAUUCUCGAUCCCUCGGCGCGCAAGGUCCUGUCCGAGUUCCUGGACUACAUGUGGGGACAGGAGUGUUCAGCAGCUGGUCCUCCUAGGGUUGACUUGCGCAUGCACGUUCCUGACGAUGUCUUCCUGUCCCUGCUUUCCAUCACUUCAUCCGUCGGCCCAGAGGUUCUCCGUCUAUUGAGAGAGGCUUUCGCUGCCAUACCAGGAACUCCGGGUGCUGGCGCAUUGCGUUCGAAGGUCGUUCUGCGCAUGACGCGCGGACCGAGCAAUAGCUGCAUCAACUUCCAUUGUGACGGUGGCUACGCAACAGGUACCGUGCAAGUUGCUCUGUCUGAGCCUUGGGAGUACAAGGGUGGCCGGCUCUGUUUCUUCGUCAUGGAUGGCUUACACGUCCUUGAGCGCCCGGCGGGCUCCACGUGCCAGCAUCCUCGCACCGUAUUACACGGAGUCACAGCCCUGCAAGAAGGGACACGCAAGAGUUUGUUUGUGGUUGAUACGGAGAACGGACUUGGAGAAGAAGGCGUGGUCUUGGCAUCUCACGUCCAUGUGCAGGGAUUCCAAGCCAGUCGCGAACUACCACAGGUGCAAAAGUGCUGCUUGUGCUUGGCGUUGCCCUCCGAUCACGCCUUGCUACCAUGUGGCCAUCUAUGCGUUUGCGCCACCUGUCUAGCAGCCUCUUGUCUGGAUGCAUGCCCUGUGUGCAGGAAGUCCGUCCAGAGCACGGCCAAAAUCUUUGUAUAG